CUCGUGAGAGAGAGUCAUUUUCCACAAUGAUUUGCCGAGAAGACGUAGCGCAUGCGUAACUGCACGUUCAUGUUCUUCAAUCAUGACGGCAGACAUAGGAUCCACAGCUAGAUCAAUGAGUAUAGAAGCCAUAUGAUUACAACGACCAUCAAAAUUAUGAAAUUAUUGAACAUUAUGGGAAUUUUUUCAUUAUUGAUCGUACAGAGGUCAAAAUUAUGGUACAAAUACGAUAAUUAUGGUACGUCUGGCAACACUGUAUGAGGGUUAAAUGCAGCCCGCCUUGUCAUAAGGUUUGACUUCAUCAUGCCAUAGCGUGCCAACCAACAGGCGUAUGACAUCAAGGUACCGCGAGAGCGCUUCUAAAACAUGUGCAGCGGUAAGCUCUCAAAUCGCUCUCGUGGUGUUUUGAUGUCAUACCCGAUCAGACUGAGCACCGCCAUAUGGAGGUGCACACAACAUUAUUGACGGAAGCACAAAUAAUGCUUGGUUUACAAAGCCAUUUUAAAAAGGAGAGAAGUUUCUGACUUCGGUCUCUCGAUUAUUUGUACGAUAUUCAUCGAUUCAUAAUACUGUGGCACCAUGAUCAUUGGGUAUGUUUAAUGAAUUCUGAGUAAAAUGUUAUAGAUCGUCAAAGACGUCAUAGUUGUUAGCAUUGAAUGGCUAAUGCCUUUUCCCUUUUACACAUUUUAACUAUAUAAAGAACUUUAGCUAGGUGUCAGGCUAGGCUAAAGUUACGGGGUAAAUAUGCUUUUGCAAUAGCCUUAGGUCACAGCUUUAUACAUUUUCUCUUUAGCAUUUGUUUUAAUAUAGUUUUGACUGGGUUAAGUUUAGUGUUAAGAAAGCGCACAGUACCAAAGAGGAAGACCAACCAUGUGAAAAUCCAUAGCCCUGUUUUAGCAUUUGAGGGGAACAUAAGUUUGGUGAUAGUUUUGUAUGAAGCUAUAAGUCUAUGAUCGUGAUGUUGCUUUGCUAGUACUAGUAGCUACAGAAACAUGUUUUCUUUUCUUUUAAUCUGUAGUUGUUGGUUCAUCUGUGUAUUUGUACUGCUGAAAAACAUCUGCACUGCUGAUACAGUGUAUUCACAGGACAAAGUUGAGGGGCUUAUUGGAUGUAAUGUUUCCUUGCCAUGUGCAUCAAGUAAAAAUGAGCAGAACCUUCAAGCUAUUAAUGUGCUUUGGAGAUAUAAUGACAGCACAAAUGUCUUGGCCAUCAUUAAUGGUGAAGCUUCUGUAGAGCAUCAGAAGCUCAAGUACAAGUACAGAACUCAAACUUUCCCUGAUCAGUACACGGACGGAAACUUCACCUUAAAACUCAACAAUCUGACACACACUGAUGCAGGAACGUACCAAUGCCUCAUCUCACAUUCUUUAGAACAUGUGACCGUGUUGCUGCUUGUUAAUGAAUCACCAGAAGAAAAGCCAUCAGAUGUAGGAGGAGGAAAGAGGACCAUAUUAAUUCUUAUGAUUUGUGUUUCCCUGUUUAUUGUUAUUAUAUGUAUAGUAAUUGCCACAGUGAUGAUAAGGGGUUGUAAAUCCUCUAGUUUAGAAGUAUCUGCUACUGGAGCGCGCCUGUCCUGCCCAGUUUGGUUCAAACCGAUAUCAAACACACCUGAAGCAACCAAUCAGAAUAAUCUGGAUUACGCAGGGAUCCCCUCUAACAUAUAAGAACAGUGGCACUGAUGCCACAAAGUAAAAGUUCUGUAAAUGUGGUCUCAGGUACCUGAUUUACAGGCUCAGCCUACCUGCUUACUGGGCCUCCACCUUCCUGUCUUUAGUGACAGUUCUUCCUAUAUACCUCCUCUACCCCAACUACUAUAUUCCACUUUAUAUCAUUUCAGAAAACCAUUUUUGUUUAUCAUUAUUUCUUUUAAGACUGAAUGGUUUUGUAAGAGUAUUAUGUCGAAAUGGGUCGCAGCUCAUGUCAUGUUCAUCUUAAUAACCUAGGGGGCUACUGAGCUGAUUAAGAUGCUCUGAAUUCCAGAUGACAGCCAAGUUGUGACAUUGAAAAGAGCGAGUCCACAAGGUAGAUUGCAAAAAUGUCAUUUCCUGUGCUACAUUUCAGAACUGUCCGUUUGUUAAUCAAUGGACUCAGAAGUUCAUCACUAUGAUUUUGCUCAGGGUCCAUAGAUGUGAUCCACUGGUCCAGCUGGAAUUUUUUCCCAUUUUUCAUGUUUUUUUUAUUUCUGGCUAGACUUCAUAACAAAUGGCUGCUUAAGUCAUAUUAAUAAAAUUAAAAGGCCAUGACAUAUAGUAUAAUAUUUCUUCUCCUUCUGUCCUCAUUCUGCUUUUGAAAUAUUCUAUAUUCACGCUAGCAGAGUCUUUGUGCCUGCAGCUCAAACUAACAACAAGAAUCAACUGGCCUUCUCUUAUUACCUGUGCUUGACUCCAUUAC